AUGAAGAUCUUCUUGGUCUUUGCCCUCCUCGCGUAUCAACAACAAAUAUUCCCGCAACAACAACAACCCCCACAACAACAACCAUUUUACCAAUAUCAACAACCAUUAACACAACAACCAUACCCGCAAGAGCAACCAUUGCCACAACAACAACCUUCUGUGGAGGAAAACCAACAAUUGAACUUGUGCAAGGAGUUCCUGCUGCAGCAGUGCAACCCGGAGGAGAAACUGUCAUUACUGCAGUCAGUGAUCCCGUUCCUCCGACCAAAGACCUCGCAACAGAACAACUGCCAGUUGAAGCGGCAACAAUGUUGUCGACAACUUGCACAUAUCAGCGAGCCGUCCCGAUGCCCGACCAUCCACAACAUUGUGCACGCCAUCAUUAUGCAACAACAACAACAACAACAACAACAACAACAACAUGUGGAUAGAGGUUUUGUCCAGCCUCAACCACAACAGUUGGGCCAGGGAAUGCCCAUGCAGCCUCAACAUCAAUUGGGCCAGGGCUUAAGCCUACCUCAACAACUAGCCCAGUUCAAGUUGGUUAGGUUACUUGUGAUUCAGACCUUGCCUAUGUUAUGCAAUGUGCAUGUCCCAUCUGAUUGCUACACCAUUAGUGCACCAUUUGGUGGCAUCACUGCCUACAACAGUGGACAAUGA